AUGAGAUCAAAAAGACAAUCAACAGAUACACGACCACAGAUUAGUACCAUGGAGGAAAAAACCAAGAAGGAGGUCAACGAGCUUCGGGAAAUUUUGAAGGGCAUGUCUGUCGAUAUGAGAUUGUUCUCCCUUACCAUGAGGUCCCUCUACGCGGAAAAUGCGGUGGGCACUGACAAAGAAGUUGCUAAAGAGUUCAGAACACUUCGCGACGACACCAGGAAUGAUGCUAUGGUGUACAUUGAGGGCAUCCUUCCUUUGGCAACCGAGUUUGUCUCAUCCAUCAGCGCAUACUUUGAUUACUACGACGCUCUGACGUUUGAUGAGUGGUGUGAAAGUAUUUCCAGGAUCCGCAAGGAAACUACUGAUUACAAGAAACUCUGUAUGACGCUGUUGAGACUGCAUCGCGACAUUUUGGUGACCCUUAAGAAGAGGAGAGACCAAGCUGGUAUGCUCGUAGCUAAAGUAAAAGGCCUUGCGGUCGAAUAUGAGAAGAAGAAGGAAGAACUGAAAAAAAAGGCACGCACCCAACGUGCUUGGGCGUUAGCACUUUUCGAUAUCCCGAUCAUUGGUAUCAUUGUCGGGGAACUUCUACGCGUUGUUGGUGACAUAAAUUUGGCUGAAGCCACCGCUGCAGGAGUGCAAGCCAAUAUCCAAGAAGUAGCCGCCUUGGCAGUGAAAGAAACCCUCAUCCCUGUUUUGGAAGCCUUCAUUGAGGGAAUUUCUCAAGCAGCUAGCUUCUUCUCUGCUAUGGAACAAGAAUUGCAAAAGUUUGAAAACAACGCCAGUAAAAGCGAGUUUGACCCUCAAUAUAUUUUCUUCAAAGUGAUGAAGUUGGAAGCCAGGGAUAUGAAGUCUGCUUGCCGAGUGUUUUUUGAAGCCUUACCAGGUGUCGAGACCGACUUCCAAGCCAUGCCUACGGAGGGCACAGACCGCAACUACGUGGACAAGUGGUUGGAAAAACAGAAAAAGAUGAUCGAAGAAGAAUGUGAAGGUAAGCUUGCCAUGAAGAUGCUGAAAUGCAUUACACAUGCAGCCGGGAAAAAAAUGAAAUGAAACGCUGUCAAUUAAAGCUCAGAAAGUUCCUGAUUCAAGUGCGAUC